CCCGUCCCGAUUUCGUGUUCCCGUUCCGGCAGCCCACCAAGAUACAGCCAACCGCUAGCACGGGCAUAUGGCGAAGAACCUCUAAAGUUCCUUGCAAUUGCCCCUUUCUCGGUAAACGGAGUGUGUCUCUACGUCUAGCAUAUUCGGAACGACCAAAAUGUCCCUAGGCGCUGUGCGAGUUCCUCUCGACUCUUUGGAGUUCCCUCACCGGAGGCAGAUCAGCUUUAAAGUACGGGAAAGACUUGGGAGAGUCUUUAAAAACUUGUCCAAAGCAGGCGCUACUGAGGUUCGUAUACCCUGCACCGUGGAAGAAGGAAAGUUCGGACAGAUCCUAGCGCAGUUGGGGCUCUCCGCCGAUCAGCUCCGUGGAACUCAGAGGAAAGGGCAAAAGGGCUUGCCUCUUCUCACCGGGAUCCGAUUGUCAUGCCUCUACGGCGACUAUCUUGUUGCGGCGGCCAAGGGCAAUAAAGAGACUUCGCUGGUCGUUCAUCUCUUCUCCGCGGAUCUGCUCGAUCCAUUGCUCGAACUCAUUUCCGCAUUUUCCCAUGAGCCACAACAAUCGGAUGGAGAGCUGUACCAGAGGAUCGUGGAGAGCUACCGCCGCGAUGAGGUCACAUACGCGCUCUGUAUGGGCUCCCUCACGGGGCCUAAAGAGCGCAACAUGAGGAUGCUUCUGAGGCCUAAGAACCUGCCCAUGGUCAAAGCCUUCAACAGCUUGUUCGAUAUCCCUGCAAUGAUGGAGCAAUUGCGCCUCGGGAACAUCCAUAAAUGGCUUGCUUUGCACAUCGAUGAGCAAAUCAUCAACUACCUCAACCACAUUUCCGUGGUUUGGAAGGAGGAGAUAUGCCAGGGCAAGAAGACGAUCAUGCAGUCUCUCGACAUUGACAGCAUCCGUAUCGUUCAGUUCCGAAUGCCUACGGUCUGUUCGGGAGACGCAGAUACGAUCAAGCGCCUGUUCGACAACGGCACGCUAUUUCCUCGCGUGACCGAUUCCAGCGACAGAGAUAUGCUACGGCGAAACCUUCUUUCCCUCGACAUGGUUAUCCCGAGUUUCGAGACGUUUCAAGAGAACAUGCAUUACGUUGGCUUGGCAGCCAAGAUCCUGAUUCGACAUGUCGUUGACGAGCUGCCACUAUGCAAGAGCAGCAGAAAGAGGAGCCCAACCAUCUUCGAAGUCCUCUCCGGCAGUUGGACGGGCCCGGAGGUUGUGCAAGUGGAGGCUAAUGAUGGCGAGAUGGCCGAGAUUGAGGGGCCAGCAUCGCCCUACCUCGCAUUCACGCAGCUCUGUUUAGCUUGCUUGCGGCUCUUCCCAUGGCUCCAGGAUGACCUCCCGCCCCGUGAAGACUGGCCACAAGACAGUUUCAGGGCCGACGUGAAUACCCAGUGCGUCGCAUACGUCCUGCAACUGGCCUCUGAACUCGGGUUUCGAACGUCCAAAAUCCAGGCUGCCCUGUCCCAGCCCUCGCACGCCGGCCCCCAGCCCUCCCCCCCGUUGCAGGAAAUACCGGACUGGAGAGGUGGCAGGCCUUUCACACGGACAUUCUGGUAUAUACGAGCAAACGGGUUCCUUCCCACGCUAGCUGCCACGCGGCGUCGUCAGCCCAACCCCGAAUUUGUCUUGCUCGAUAUGACGACGGCGUUCUUUGGAAAGCAUACUGUCGUUCUGAAACGCAAGUCACAAGAUACGCGCGCGGAUGACGAUGUCGAUGAGGAAAUGGGUCUGCAUGCCGAGAACGAUCAGGGAGACAGGGCCCCGGUUGCCCCUCGUACUGCGGGGAACAAGAUCAGGCCAAGAUCCCGUUACUUUGGGUCGGCUGCAAAACCGAGGCGCGAGAUGGCGGCUUCCGUGACUAAGAAGGCACCCCGACAAGACGCUGCGGGCAUUCCAAGACGUGAAGCAGCUCGAUCCGUCAUAGGACAACAGGGUAUUAGAAAAGCCGCAGGACUUGGCGGGGCAGCCUCUGUCUCGAACCCUUUUGCCCUAUCUCUACCAGCUUCGCCGGGCCGCGAAGCGGCGCAGGGUGCCGAGGGAGCAGCUAUUCGACCGACAGGCUCGUCAGCAUCUGAGCCAUCGCACGAGGCGACCGUCCAGCAUGUACCAAACCUCCGAUCUGAAUCCCUCGGCCUCUCAAGCGACAAAUCGCCGAGCGCAGUCACCACUUUUGGUCGCGAAGCUGCGCGUUCUGUUUUCGUGGUGAAUCCACCCAUAGUGAAACCACCCAUAGUGAAACCACCCAACUGGGAUCACAGAGCUCAAGGCAUCCAUGAUAUCGACUUCACGCACGUGCCGACGCCACCAAGCCGGCUACGGCCCACUACGACGAGACCAGAUCGAGAAUCCAGCCGCGCCGCUGAUGCUUCCACUCCAUCUCAUCCACCCAGAGCCGCCCGCCACGCUUUCCGUCCAGCCAUACCACCUAUUCGGGGUAUGAACAAGCAGAAGGCCGAGCCAACACGAUACCUAGGAAAACACCCGCUCGAGGAGUCCGGCAUAUCGACAAUUCGACAAGAAAGAUCUGAGGAGCUGGCCUCGAAGAGGCUUAGGCAGGCUCCCGCCGCCGAGGAGCGUGCGUCGCCCAGCACACUCCCUGUCCCGUCAGAUUUGCGAGAUGAACACAACAGGACAGCCGCGAGGAAGCGAGAUGCUGUGCUUUGGGACAGUCGGGUUACUUCAAUGUUGGUACAGGGGAUGGGGGAACACAGCAGCCCUUCAGUGCAGUCGCAUCCCCUGAAUGCCCUGGUUCUCCCGGUCCAAUCAACAACUAUGGACGGAGUCGAGGAAGACAGGGGCCCUUCGAUGCAGUCGAAUCCCCUCCCGGUCGAAUCAACAACGAGGUCAGACCUCUCCUUUAUCGAGGAAGAAGAAGAGGAGGAGUUAUAGGUAGAAGUCCUUUGCAAGAUAGUUUUCGCGUCCGAUUCCCAUAUCAAUACCAUUGUUUGACAAAGGCUACCAUCUAACUGUUAGAAAGUCGGGGCACCCUGAAACGAUCGGUUGUUGGAAGUCAUGGAACUUGAAACUCGGAAGCUGGGUUACCGUGCCCUAUUGUUGAGGGGUAGCCAGGAACUGGGCAACAAGCCUUUUAUCAGGAUCAGGGCGAUGCCCACCUCUGAAGACGGACAAGGACAAUCUUCAAUCAAUCACUCCU